GGUACUAGGUACACCUUAGCCAACUUUUUUACAUCAACUUAAUUUUAACCAUUACGUAAAACUUAAUUGGUAAGAAAAUAUAGAAAAGAAGUAAUCAUUUUCAUUUUCAUUUUUGUAAGAAAAUAUAUUUUUAUUUGGUCUUGGUGUCUACAUUUACCCGCAAACGCUUCACCACAUUGUCUUAGAGACAAAUUAACGAUAACCAUAUCUGCCGGCAAAGAUAUUUAAUUAAUAAGCUUUUUCAAAAAAAAAGAAAAAUUAACUAUUGGAACAAUUAUUUUAAUUUCUAUCAAAAUCAAAUCUAUUUAAUAAACCUUCAGGCGAUGUAUAACUUUUUUAUUUAACGCAUAUGUGAUGUUUUGAUUGACAAAAAUAAAGAAGCCCAAAAUCAUUAUAUAAAUGUUCGAAAAUAUUUAAAAUAUAAAAUAAAAUUUAAAGUGGACCUUCUUAGAAUACCCUACUAUUACGUGUUAAAAACUAUAAAACACAGUUUUUUACCCAUUAUCAAUUCAAUGGGUAGAAGCAAGGACCAUGCAUGCAUGACAGCAUAUUUCCACUUCACACGUAACUACGUGGGAAGCUCACUUGAUCACUUCAAAACCAAACAGGCCUCACAAAUUCCAUCCCAUCACUUAAUCUCUUUCUCUAUUUCUCUAUAUAUACAAUUUCACCGGAAUAAGGACUCUACAAACUUGUUCCUUUAAUUGAUUAGCACAUUUCAAUACACACACACACGCGCACACACACUAUAUUACUGAGCAACCUUAUACUACUUACCAUAUGGAAAACAAUCAUUUUGAUCAAAGAGAAGAACGCUUAUCCGUUGACCAAGUGUCCUACAGAGGUGUUCGCCGAAGGAAAUGGGGGAAAUGGGUAUCGGAGAUCAGAGAGCCCGGUAAGAAAACCAGGAUUUGGCUCGGGAGCUACGAGACAGCAGAGAUGGCCGCAGCUGCCUACGACGCUGCAGCUCUUCACCUCCGAGGACGUGGGACACAUCUCAACUUCCCGGAGCUCGCCGACAGUUUUCCUCGGCCAGAAAGCUCUAGUUCCGAGCACGUUCAAGCGGCUGCUCAAGAGGCAUCAUUAAUGUUCAAACCGGGUGGGUCUACUGAACCAGAUAUCGUGUCGGGCCAGGGAUUAUCUCGGGUCGGAUUGUCUCCAGAUCAGAUUCAGGCGAACAAUGAAUUUCCAUUGGACUCGCCGAGGAUGGGGUGGAUGCAGGAUUUGGAAGUGAAUGACUAUGAAGAGUUAUACAGACGAUAUUUUGGUCAGUGCGAUAGAGCUGAGUUUUUUUGAAAUGCAGCAACUUCAGUGCAUAUGGGAUUUUAAUUGAUAAUUUUUUGGUUAAAUAUAUUUUUGGUUAACUUCAGUCCAUAUAGUGUUUUACUUGAUAUCGACUACUUAAUUUAUUUAAUAUUAGGAGGGUGUCCCGCGCGAAUGAAUAUUGUUUUAUUGUUUUUAAAUGAUUUUUCGAUGAUGUGAUUAUGUGGUCAGUAUUUAUUGUGAAUAGCAUUAUUUGAUGUUUUAUUAUGUUAUGUAGUAGUAGCUAAUAAAUUAAUAUAUUAUGUGGUUGUUUUUUUAAUAAUAUGUUGUUGUAUGUAUAAUACUACUUGUUAGUGGUGAAAUGAGUUUCUGAUGUAAAACAUAUUGAUUUUCAAUAACUUUGUCUUUAAGCAUUUGUUGAUUCUACGAUUAACAGCGUCAAAUUGCAUUUUAGUUUUUCACAUUUUUUUCACAUUACUCUUUUUAGAUGUUUUUAGCAUUUUCCCCCAUAUUUUUACCUAGAGUCGUAACCAUCUAUGUAUUUCGUUUACCUCUCCAUGUGCAGUGUUUUUCACCAUCACUGGAAAAAAAUUCACCUCCGUGCUCUUGUUUUCCUCACCUUCUUUUUCUGUGAGAUUAUCUGGUAUUUGUUAUAGAUCAGGCAUAUUAGUUCCAUGUUGUGUGGUUGUUUCUUACGGCGUUGUAUGUAAUUUCAGUCAAUAUUGGUCAUUUUUUUCUUUCGAUUUUGGCUAAGGUUAGAAACUACAUCUCGUUGGGUUGGGUGAGAGUUUAGUUGUCAUUGACGUUGUUUUCCUCGUCGUUGGUUUGCCAUCGAUAGUCUUUGCUCGUCUUGGUUUUCAAGAUCUGGUUUUUUUGGUGAUCUGACUUCUAUGUUCUUUUUUUCAUAGCUCGAGGAUGGCUCCAGGGUUCAUUGAUUUAAUUUUGUCUCUUUUUAUCUCUUGAUUCUCUCAUCUCGUUGCACCUUUCAUCGCUGAUCAUGUCUCUGGUGGUUCUCCCUUUCACCAUAUUUGCUACUCCAGGUUUGGAUAGUGUUUUUCUCUAUGUAUGCUUUGUGCGCUUGGAAAGUUUUUUAUACAUGCAUCCCUUGGUGUAGGUGUGCGGAGCUAGUCUUUUGUAGCUUUGGUUUCUUCUAUUCAGAUUUUUGUGGUCCUUAGCUGUCAUGGGCGCCUUGUAUGUACUUGUUUAGUUUAUGAGGUGCUUCUUAUCUAUUAGCUGGUGGUUGUGCUGCUGGUGCUUUAGAUAUGCGUCAUUUUGUUUUGUGGUGACUUUGUUCUUCCGAUGAUUAUUCUUUAUCUGACCCGCUUUUUUGAUUUUUUGCGCUGGUGCUUGAUCGCGAUCCUUUGUGCUCCGGGGAUUGAUUUAUCUCAUAUUUUAUGUUUUUACCUUUUUCAGACAUCUGAUUGUUCUAGCCAAGACAUUCUAUGGUAAGAUGAGAUAGAUUAGUCUUCUUUGUUGAUCUUUUUUCAGCUCCAAACUUUUAUUGAGUUAGUAUUACUAUGGUAUUUUGCUUUUUCUUUGUGAUUGUGCAAGUUUUAUGUUUAGAUUAUGUAUUGUACUCUAAUUUAUUUUUAUUAGUUUGAUCAUUUUAUAUUUUUAAUAGUUAAAUAAAUAUAUAAUUUGUAAAUUAAAUAAUAGAAAAUGGUAAGAAAAUAAUAAAAUAACAAAAAUUAUGUUAUUUUUAGUUAUGAAUAAAUUAAAUAUGUAAAAAUUAUUUCUAUUAUUUUAUUUAUUUAUUUAUUCAUAUUGAAUUUUAGUAAACAAUAAAGUAGAUUAUUAAACUUCAUACGAUAAUAGUUAGUGCGAAAAGGAUUAGAUAUUGCACAAUUAUAAAUUAUUUGGCCAAAUUGCAAUAAACUAAAAGAAGAAAGACCUAAAAUGUAAAAAAAAUAUAUGGAUGACACGUGUCACAAAAGCCCCCCGCCACUUGUCAGAAAAAGGAAAAAAAAUCAACUUUAUAUAUAUAGAUUCAAAUGUUUUCAUAAUGUUACCAACAAUUUUAGAGUUUCGAUUUGAUAUAUUAUUUAAAGUAUAAUAAACUUG